AGAAAAGUUUGAAGUUUUUUUAUAACAAAAAAAACACAAUAAACCAUGGCAGGGGUCUCGUUAGUGCUGAAACUAUUGUGUUUUCUUUGUUUAGUUUUUGUUGCACCAUGGACAGCUUCUGCAGCCCUUGUCCAACAGAAAUUCAUUAUUGGAACACAGACUGUAACUAGAGUGUGUAACACCCAGACGAUUGUAACAGUGAAUGGACAGUACCCUGGCCCAACCAUAACCGUUCAUGAAGGAGAUAAUCUUAUCAUCGAAGUGGAUAAUAACUGUCCAUACAAUAUUACAUUGCAUUGGCAUGGAGUAAAGCAGUUUCAAUCCGGGUGGGCAGAUGGACCGGCCUACGUAACACAGUGUCCCAUUAUUCCUGGGAAUAAAUAUACCUACAAUUUUACUAUCACGGGACAAGAAGGGACACUGUGGUGGCAUGCACAUAUCACAUAUCUGAGAGCUACUGUGCAUGGGGCAUUGAUUGUUUUGCCUCGCAUUGGAAAUGAGUAUCCAUUUCCCAAACCAGAAGCUGAGUUUCCUCUUAUUAUUGGCGAAUGGUGGAAUGCGAAUGUAGAAGAUGUGCUAGCUGACGCUGUUCGAAGGGGAGCUGUACCAAAUGAUUCUAAUGCAUACACCAUCAACAGCCAGCCAGGAGACUUUUACCCUUGCUCUGCAAAUGACACUAGUAAGAUUUUGGUCGAGGCGGGGAAAAGCUACCUACUGAGGAUUGUAAACUGUGCCAUGGUUAUUUCAUACUUCUUUAAAAUUGCGCAGCACACCAUGACAGUUGUGGCUGUUGAUUCAGUUUAUACAAAACCAUAUACAACCGAUGUGCUAGUCGUAUAUCCAGGCAACACCAUUGAUGUUCUCAUAACAGCUGACCAAAAGUCAGGGCUCUACUACAUUGCCAUCCGUGCAUACAGCAGCGAACCAUCAGGAACUGGAUUUUUAAAUACCACCACAACUGCAAUAUUACAAUACACAGACAGCAGUAAUUCCUUAGUCCCAGUUCUGCCCAGUCUUCCUGCAUUUAAUGAUACAGCACUACCAUUCAAUUUCAAGGCAAGCCUCAGAACCCUGAAGCCCUUGGUGCCUCAGACUGUUGACGAGGAAAUGUUUAUAACAGAGGGUGUUGGAGUCGUAAGUUGUCCCAACAAUUCAUGUGCAGGUUUCAAUGGCGGGAGAGUAGUUGGUAGCUUUAAUAACAUUUCAUUUGUAAGGCCAGAUAUAGCUCUUUUGCAGGCCUAUUUUUAUGGUAUAAAUGGAGUGUUUACAAGAGAUUUCCCUGGUAAUCCUCCUCUGGCAUUUGAUUAUACCGGGAAUGUAUCUAAGAGUCUUUGGCAACCCCAAUUGGCGACCAAGGUAAAAGUUCUGCAAUUCAAUAGUACUGUGCAAAUAGUGUUUCAGAACACUGCAAUUGUUAACAUAGAGGAGCAUCCUAUACACCUUCAUGGCCAUAAUUUUUAUCUUGUGGGACAAGGCUUCGGUAACUACAAUCCCCAAACAGAUCCUGCAACAUUUAAUUUGGUUGAUCCUGUGAUGUUAAAUACAUUUGGAGUUCCUACUGGUGGUUGGGCGGCAAUUAGAUUUACAGCCAAUAACCCAGGAGUUUGGCUGAUGCAUUGCCAUUUUGAAUCACAUUCAGAAUUUGGAUUUGAUAUGGUAUUUCUUACCCUGGACGGGCCGGGAUGUUCAGUCAAAGUGCCUCCUCCUCCUGCUGAUCUACCCAAAUGCUAGAUGGAUAUGUUUGGCAGUAGCUCCUGUAAAAAAUAUCAGAUUUGUUUGAUGGACAGUUAUGUUUAAUUUCUGGCAUAGGCAUAUAUUCAUUUAGUUGAGAAUAAGUUGUAUGGCUAGGGCCGAGCCCCGUAUCUAUUCAUUUAGUUGAUUAGUUGGUGAGGCAGCAGAGCCUUCACUUAUAUUUAUUAUUAUAUUGAUCUAGUUGACAAUAAGCAAGGUGUGUGGUGAUUUUAUAAAAUAAUUAAAUGAAGCUCAUAUGCAAUUUCGAGCAAGAUUGAGGAAAAAAGGCUUUUAUUGA